AUGCUUAAAGUGACGAGACUGUGUGAAGCCCUAAGUGGGUCAGGGAAGGCAGAGAGGAUGUCAGAGGAAGAGCCAUGGUGUUGCAGUGAGCAGGGGUCAGGACGAAGAGAAAAUACCAGCAAAGCGCGGCCGUCAAAGCAGCCGGCGAGGAAGGAGUCGAGUGUCAGAAAACCAAGUGUGGACGUGUUUCCAGGGACAGGAGAUGACGGUGUGUCCAUGCCUGUGCUGGUUAAGUCAGAAGAGGACACGCCGGCCAUUGGAUUUAACAACAUGGAAGGUAUUAGAAUUCUUGAAACGAGCAGUUUCUUUGAAGUGAUAGAGGCAAAAUGUGGCUCCGAGGGAAAGCAAAGGGACACAUCAGAGACAGCAAGUGUAAAAACUCUUUCCAAAAAGUUGACUCUGAAGAAACAGACGCGCAGCAUUAGCUGGGGGCCUGAUCAGGAGAGAUGCUGCGUGGACGGGAGAAAGUCUGCAGCCUGUGCUGGGGGUACCCUCCAGGAGGGGGCAACAUCCACGCUGCAGGAGAUAAUUAUAGAUUUGCAUACAGUCAUAAGAAAUAAUGGAGAGCGCCGGGGUGGUGGGAGAAGGAGGCAGCGGCGGCGAAUCCCUACAAAUGGCCCCGAAGCAGGACCCGAACCCAAGUCCCAGGAGGGUGAGCGAGUGCUGUGCUUUCACAGGCCUCGGCUUUGUGAAGAGUGUGUAAAGGCUGCCGUUAAGGACAGACAAGUGAGAUACUUUAUACAUUCCAGGGGGUGGAGUAAAAAUUGGGAUGAGUGGGUUCCAGAAGGCAGAGUACCCCAGUAUGUGGACCCCAAUCUGCCAAAACAGCAGAACUUCCAGAGGCCACUCAGGAACAGACCAGAGGGGACGAUGACAGGGGCUGCCCCAGGGAACAAGGCCUCUGGUCUGCAGCAGGACGUUGACAUGAAAACAAGAAAGAACAAACAGGAAACACCUGGCAGUGGAGAUGGUGGCAGUAGCAGUGAGGUGCCUCAGCCUCCUCGCAAGACCAGAGCUCGAGCGGAUCCUACCGUUGAACAUGAGGAAACAUUCGUGAACAGAGCUGAAGUUAAAGUAAAGAUUCCCGAGGAACUAAAACCAUGGCUUGUUGAUGACUGGGACCUAAUUACCGGCCAGAAACGGCUCUUUUAUCUUCCUGCCAAGAAGAAUGUGGAUUCCAUUCUGGAGGAUUAUGCAAAUCACAAAAAUAAGGGGUAUGCGGUUAAUGAAGUAGUGGCAGGGAUAACGGAAUACUUCGAUGUGAUGUUGGGCACUCAGCUGCUCUACAAAUCUGAGAGACCACAGGGUGCUGAAAUCCUGGCGGGUCACCCUGAUGCGCCCACGUCCCGGGUGCAUGGAGCGCCUCACCUACUGAGAUUAUUUGUACGAAUUGGAGUGAUGCUGGCCUGCACACCUCUGGAUGAGAAGAGCCUUGCUUUGGUACUGAAUUGCCUUCACGAUUUCCUGAAAUACCUGGCAGAGAAUUCUGCGACUUUGUUUGGUGCCGGCGACCAUGAAGUGGCUCCUCCUGACUCCACCGGCAAGCUGUGGGAGGCGCUCACUUACACUGACGUUGGAUCUGUACCACAUUUCUGUUCUUAG